AUUUGUGUAAAGACAAGUUAGAAUAAGUAGUUCGAAGAAGUUAUAAACAUAAUUCUUUGGGGCAUCGAAGUUGAACGGUCUUAGCACUAAAAUUUAAUAUGUUAUAGGAAAAACGCACAGUUUACCCACACUGAGGUUUUUUUUUAUCAAAACUUGUUUCGAAUUGUGUAGAUGACGUCCGGCCAUAGUCAUUUACACUUAAUCGAGGAGGAAGCACAGUAGUUCGUCUCAAGAUCUCUAUUUAUACAGUCGUAGUAAAUGUGUCGAUAAAUAUUUCUAGUCAUUAAACUAAAAUAACAAAAAUUUCGUGUGUGAAGUGUAAGGGUACUAUUGAUUAAAUUUUAAGUGAAAAAAAGACAAAAUGAAAUGCAUUAUAAGUGUUUUGUGUUUGAUUUUAAUGAUCGGUGAAAUAUUAACAGAUAAUAAUAACGCUACACAGAAUUCGAUUGGAUUUCCUGAGAUCGAGGAAAAUGAGAGUUUAAAAAAUAAAGACGAUCGGCAGCCGGUCUUCAUGCCUGCAACGUGUCCUCCUAACGAACUUUAUUAUCCUGGUGACCAGAAAGACGACUGGAUUUGUGAUUGCAGGCCAGCUUUCCUGUAUCAUCCGGGGUCAGAUUCGUGCUGGUCAGCAUACCAACGUGGCCCUUGUGCAUCCGAUGAAUACAUCACACUGCCGAAGGACUCGGUUAUUCCGGUUUGUGUGAAGAACCCGUGCGGAGUGGACACUUACGUCAUUUUCAAUGGGAGAUGCGAACGGUUCGGUUCGAUCACGGCUUGUGCACAUCUAUAUCCUGUCGUCGCCGCUGUUGGUGUGAAUGCAACGACUUUAGAAGUAGACUGUGUCCAACUCAACUUGCAAUCGAGGUUCGGUGAAGACCGGCCGAUGCCGCCAAACCAGCACCUGAUACCAUGCCAACGCGGAUCCAAGAACAGUGUCAAUAACAAAUGUGACAAAAAAAAUAAUUAAAU